AUGGAUUCCUCCAAACUAAAGGCCAUAGAAGAGAUGAAUGAGAGCCCAACACACCUGACCUCAUCUCUGUUGGCAGUAGCGUUCCUCACCUCAUUUGGGAGCUCCAUGCUCUAUGGCUAUAACCUGGCAGUGGUCAACUCCCCUGCAGUGUACAUUAAGGACUUCUACAACAGGACGUCAGUGAGCCGUAAUGGUACGGGGCUGGAUGGGGAGGCUCUGACCCUCAUGUACUCUCUCACCGUGUCUGUCUUUGCCAUUGGGGGUCUACUGGGAUCCCUCAUGGUGGGCAUGCUUGUCACCAGGUUCGGCAGGAAAGGCACAGUGGUGAACUCAACGGUAUUGGUGUUCAUCGCUGGAUCUCUCAUGGGCUUCAGCAGGAUCUGUGGCUCUCCAGAGAUGGUCAUCUUUGGCCGCUUCGUCACAGGGAUCCACUCAGGUAUCUCUCUGAGCGUGGUGCCCAUGUACCUGGGGGAGAUAGCUCCUAAGAACCUGCGUGGUUUCCUGGGGCUCGUGCCCAGCCUCUUCAUUUGUGCUGGGGUCUUCUCGGCCCAGAUCCUGGGUCUACACGAAAUUCUGGGGAAGGAGGAUCACUGGCCCCUGUUUCUCUCUCUGGUGGUGAUACCCACCUUCAUUCAGCUGAUGCUGUUGCCAUGGUUUCCGGAGAGCCCACGAUACCUGCUGAUUGAGAAGCAUAAUGUCCACGCCACCAUUAUAGCGUUGAAGUGGUACCGGGCCAAGUGUAACAUCCAGUCAGAGAUCGAGGAGAUGCAGGAGGAGCAGCGCUCUCUGUCGUCGGUGGAGACGGUGUCGGUAUGGCGACUGAUACUGGACCCUUUGGUGCGCUGGCAGCUGCUCAGUGUGGUGGUCAUCAAUAUCGGCAUGCAGCUCUCCGGUAUAGACGCUCUCUGGUUCUAUACCAAUGACAUCUUUAGGAACGCGGGCAUCCCAGACCCAGAGAUCCAGUACACUACAGUGGGUACAGGAGCCAUCGAGAUCAUUGCUGGCCUCAUCGGGUGUUUUACCAUAGAGAAACUAGGCAGGAGGCCUCUCAUCAUCGGGGGGUUUCUAGUCAUGGGAUUCUGCUGUGCUGGGAUCACUCUCUCCCUCGUUCUACAGGUUCACUUACCAUUCAUGCGGUAUGUCAGUGUUGGAUGCGUGGUCGGUAUCAUCGCUGGUUUCUGCAUUGGGCCAGCGGGUGUUCCUUUCCUGAUAACGGCAGAGCUGUUUAAACAGUCUCACCGCCCAGCAGCCUACACUGUGGGAGGAUCCCUCAACUGGAUUUCCAACUUCACAGUCGGCUUCGUCUUCCCCUUCCUACAGAUGUCCGCUGGGUCCUACUGCUACCUGGUGUUCUGCUGCGUGUGUCUGGCGGUGGCGGCCUUUGUGUUCUUCGUCAUCCCCGAGACCAAGAACAAGACGUUUGUGGAGAUCAGCCAGAUGUUCGCCUCCAAGGAGGCGGUGCCAGAGACCCAGGGCCUGGGCCAUCCCGACCAGCUCAAACUGAGGAAGAUGAACGGAUACGGAACCCUGGAGAAUGGAUCGCUGGAGUUUGACAGCUCCUCCUCCGUCCCCUGAUAGUGGCUCUGAGAGAGAGGCUGGCUGCAUUCCAAAACUCAGAAGUAGCUUUUUUUCCCUUCAGUAUGACCAUUGAUAGGUAAAAAGCUGGAUUGGCUGCCACAAAAAAAAUCAUGGGAGGAGCAGGAUACAAUAUCACGUCGUACUGAUUUACUUUCAGAUUAACCUGUGAUUUUGAGAUCAUGCAGUAAAAGAGACAUGCACACAUACUGUAGGCACACAUAAAUAUACUGCACAUAUGCUUUCUUUUUGCCUUUUACCUUCCUAUUCCAAAUCAGGCCUUUGUUAUUUUGCAGUCAUUUAAAGGGUGUCUGGGUUAUGUCAAGACUGACAGAUCUGUACAUUUUUCAGAAGGGUGUAGCUUGAUGUGUUUUAUACAUACUGUAUGGUUUUAUCAAAAGCCAGAGUUUAUUUUCUAAUAUAUAACUGUAUUUGAACUGUGUACAUUCAAAUAUUUUAUCAAAGUAAUAAUAUGCAAAGCUUUAUGAUGUUUAUGAUCAAUUAUAUACUUGUUUUCAGAGCAAUCCUUUUUAUUGUCUAAUAAAUCUCAGGAGAGACAUUCACUUUGUUUUAGUCAUUAGAAUCUAACACAAAAUAUGAUGUAAUGGUUUUGAAAAUUCUUUUGGGGUUUGGGGUUGUUUGGGAUAUGUUACAACCAGUAUUGUUUCAAGUGUUCUUGUGCAGCAUAUAUAACUUCCCUGGCAAGCUCUGCAGAUGUAUUGCACAUACCAGCUAACAACAAACGUUCCCACAACUUCAGAGAACGCUCCAUUAAGAGUCUCAUUAGGUCACUAACUAAUGUUUUCAUAGGAAUGUGCCCAUGAUGUGCAAGGAAUGUUUCCAAGAGACCAUCCCCUUAAUGUAAAAUUGAACUUACCCAGGAAGUGGUUACCAUGUUCUCAGAAUUUACAAUAUUAAUGUUUUCGACAUGUUUCAUGGAAACGUUGAAAGAACAUUCACGUGUCGAUCAUUUCUGAGGGUUAGGAGAAUAUUCCAUCAACGUCUCACCAAACAAAGACAGAAUAUGGUUGCCAUGUUCUCAGAACAGAAGAUAUGAAUGUUCUAGACACGUUUCAUUUGAACGUUGCAGGAACAUUUCUGCAUAUCAGUUGUCAGGACGUCGCCUGAUGGUCCCAAAGAAACGUUCUCCCCCUAAAAAAAAACAUGUUUCAUUUGACAUCACGCCUUGUUACGCCCUCAUGGUUGUACCAGUGAUCCAUUUAUAGCUCGUUGUCUGUUGGCAAGGUCAGGGGUACUCUCACACAGUUCUUUUCACCUGGGAUUUAAACUGACAAACUCUUAAUUCACCACAUUCGGAUCUUCCUGCUAGCCACCAUGUCUGUGUCAGGUAUUGGUUCAUCAUUGAUUUGAUUGGUUUAUUUCAGCUAUUUAAGGGUUUUCUGUAUAAUUGUCUAAUCUUGGUGGGGCAUGUUAACCUGUUUUAAUGAUACUCCUGAAUCACUAUGAUCAAUAAAAUAGUUUGUUUCCUGGA